AGUUGUUGUGACGCUUUCACUCCUCGUGCACGUGCGUUUCCUUUCCUGUCUUUCAUCACUUUGCGGCGACAACAUGGAGCAAGAAACCUAAGUCUCUAAAAAAUAUACCAAGAUAGACAACUAAAUUGUUAAUGCAUAAUUUGCCUAACUGAUCAAGUUCACAUUUCAAGCUUACAGGUAUACCCAAGGCCAGAAUGACUGAGGAACCUUUACCUAAAAAGGUUCGCCUCAGUGAAGAUGAUCUGAAGACUUUGACCAGAGAGGAGCUUUGUGAAAGGUGGAAGCAGGAGGAUGCUUAUGUGCAGAUACUUGAGACAAAAUACUCUGAAUUGAAUUCAAAUGAUGUGAUGGGCCUGAGGGAGUCUGAGGAGAAACUGAAGCAGCAGCAACAAGAGGCUGCCAGGAGAGAGAACAUCCUUGUAAUGAGGUUGGCCACAAAGGAGCAGGAGAUGCAAGAAUGCACAACCCAGAUCCAGUACCUGAAGCAAGCCCAGCAACCCAAUGUGGCCCAGCUGAGAUCUACCAUGGUGGACCCUGCGGUCUACUUGUUUUUCCUUAAGAUGAAGAGCGAACUGGAAGAGAACAAAGACAAAUUGGAGCAAGCCCAAAAUGAACUAAGUGCCUGGAAAUUUACACCUGAUAGCCAGACCGGAAAGAAGUUGAUGGCUAAGUGCAGGAUGUUGAUCCAGGAGAACCAGGAGCUGGGCAGACAGAUCUCUCAGGGUCGUAUUGCCCAGCUGGAGGCAGAGCUGGCCCUGCAGAAGAAGUACAGCGAGGAGCUCAAGAGCAGCCAGGAUGAGUUGAACGACUUCAUCAUCCAGCUGGAUGAAGAGGUGGAAGGCAUGCAGAGCACCAUCCUGGUCCUCCAGCAGCAGCUCCGGGAGACCCGCCAGCAGCUAACCCUUAGAGAGAGCAAUGUUCCUGGGUCGGCCCCCCUGGACCACCACCCAGAGUCAGAGGCUGGCUUUAGCAAAGACUGCAAGGCAGGAUUGGUCAAGGCCAACGGACCAGGCAACACCAGCCCCUUUGAUAGGACAGAAACAGCUCCCGGCCCCUCCACUUUCACAGAGGCAGAGACAGGCAUCAAUACGGAGCAGGAUCAGGAGUCCCUACCGUCUCCAUCUCCCUCCACCACAGGCACAGACUCCAAGCUCUGUAGCCACUUUAGGACCAUAACGAACCAGCUUAGCGAGGGCUAUGAGACUGUAGACUCCCCCACAGGUAGUGAUACCUCCGUCACACAACACUUUAUAGAGACAAACUCAAACCAAGACCCUCAGGAGGACAGGAUAGUGGCACGGACUAGUUCUAGCAAAGGCGGCAGGACUGUGGGCUCAUGCUCUACCCAGAAUGGUUUGAAUGUUACAGGGUAGGGUCUCAGAUAUUAAUGGCUGGUUUCCCGGACACAGAGUAAGGCUAUUCAUGGAUUAAACUCUCAAUGGAUAGAAAUCAUGCCUCAGAAUACUGGUGUAGGUUACUGAUGAAAUGUUAUGUAUGCCCCAUCUAGAGAAAAGGUUCACCAGUACUUGUUGAAUGUGAUAGACAUUCAUCCAGAUUUUUUUUUAUUAGUACAUCGUCUGUUUGUGCACGUAUGAUGUGUUAUGAUAACAAGGCGAAGUCAGACUUGUACUUGUUUUAAGUGUAACAAGUUGUCAUGUGCUGAAUACUUUCGUUUUUAACUUGAUUAUGAUUUCCCGUUUAUUGUGAAAAACAAAUGUUUACAAAAAUAUGACAUCCUGAAUUUGUAGAUGUUCAUUUCAGACUGAAGUACAAUAAAGAUUGUUUUUAAUGUAA